AUGCCAUCCUCGACCACCAUCCCCCAGAAGAAGAAGGUAAAGCGAAAGGCCCCCCGAGGUUUUCUAAAACGCGUUGUGAAGCUACAGAAGCCUGACCUUCGUCUGGAGAAAAAUGGCGACUUAUUGAUUCAUCUGAACUGUUUACUGUUUCUUCAUCGAUUAGCUGAAGAGUCCAGGAUAAAUGCUUGUGAGAAUAAGUGUGGAAUAAUUAAUAGAGAGCAUAUCCUGCGUGCAGCAAAGGUAAUUCUAAAGAAGAGCAAAGGUUAG